GGCGUUAAUGUGACAUUAAGUGAUACGUGGAAUUAAUUUAGUCAUUUAAUUCCACCUUUCAUUUAACCUACCAUCUAACGUCACCUAAACUAUCCCUGUGGAGCUACAUAACAUUAGGAGUCAUUACACUCUUGUAAUGUGGUUCUCACUCUCUCAAUACUUGGUAGCUGAACGUAAUGGGACGCCGAUAGGUGAACCGGCUGGUUCGACAUGGUUGUUUAUUGUUCCAGAAGGGCUUUACAAGCUCUUGGUUCAUUUGAAAGAAAGAUACAAUAAUCCCGUCAUUUACAUCACUGAGAAUGGGGUGGGUGAAUUGAACAAUAAAACAACAGUUGUAGAAGCUCGGUUUGAUGAUAUGAGGGUUAGAUAUCACCAUGACCACCUUGUCCAACUUAAAAAAGCAUUGGACCAAGGUGUUCGUGUGAGGUCUUAUUACUUAUGGUCAAUGUUCGACAAUUUUGAAUGGGCGGAUGGAUACACCAUUAGGUUUGGCAUUAUUCAUGUAGAUUUUGAGAACAAUCAACUGAAAAGGUUCCCCAAAAGCUCUGCUAUAUGGUGGACCAAUUUCUUGGACACGAAGAAGGUCAAGAAGCCCAUCAAGAUCAAGAAGGAUAAGAAGCAAGCCAAGAGGCGCUUCCUUUUGUUUUGAAAUGCUAUGUUGAAUAAUGCGUGUAUGGAUGCAUGCUUGCAGCAGUUCCUUUUGUUCCCUUGUAGUUUGUUUGAGGGGCUCGGUAGCUCGGUUUGUGCAAAUGAAAGAUUUCUAGUGUGUUCCAGUUCUCUUU